UGCACGCUGGGGGUGUACGUGAAAUCUCUACAUCGAUGUCAAAGGGAAAAGCAGAUUUCUGCCUCGAUCCAUGAAACAAAGCAUAUCUAUGGGAAGAAAUAACAGUGAGAUGUGCUAAUAUUUCUGACUCAGUUCAGGUCUUUCCCUCCAAGUAAAACACGACCUCUUCUGAUUGCACCUCUUGUCUUGCUGGGGUACAGCUGACUGCAAAGGCAGAGCCUGGGAGGAGGGAACCAGACCUGACUGCUCCCAGUGACAGCUCCCAUUGCGCAACUUCUCUUCCUUGAAGGAAAAGGUGGCUCACAAGACACGGCCAGGAACCACGCACCCUUAAACUGCCGCUUCAGGCCACCGCCGGCAGAUCUGAUCGUUUGAAGUUGCUGCGCUUGGAAAUCUGGUUCUCCACUUGUAAGCAUUUGAAAGCAACUACCCAGAAGGAUGAUUACUCCAGUUUGAUUUUCCAGGUGGAAACAGGCUUGACAUCUCAGCCCAUCUCAACAACUGCUGGUGGCAAAACCAGAAGCUGUGAAGAGUUACCUGAAAGGUUCUGCAAUAGUGGGACCCUUUACAGGAGUGAAUCCAGCACGCAGCAGUCAGGAAUCACCUGCUAAGGGAGGCAAGGAACAUAAGCAGGAGGUUUUCAAAGCAUCUCUUACCCUUCAGUCAUGCUAACUCACCGUUUCUCAGGCAGCUCUUUCACCUUCAAACUGCUUCACAGUCUGUGUUGUCCAUCUGCACUUCAGCCCAUGUUUCUGCCUUCCAGAGGGAAGAUGCUGGCAGCCCACUUUGAUUCCCCAGGAGGCCCAGAAAAUCUCUAUGUAAAAGAAGUGAUGAAACCACGUCCAGGAGAAGGAGAAGUUCUUGUGAAGGUCUCUGCCAGUGCUCUGAAUAGAGCUGAUUUACUCCAGAGGAGAGGGAAGUACCCUCCCCCCAAAGGAGCAAGUGAUAUUUUAGGCUUAGAAGCAGCUGGGAGUGUGGCUGGGCUCGGACCUGGCUGCACUGGGCGGUGGAAGAUUGGCGAUGCAGUGAUGGCUCUGCUCUCUGGAGGCGGCCAGGCUGAAUAUGUUACAGUACCUGAAGGCCACCUGAUGCCAGUUCCCAAAGAUAUUACAUUUAUUCAGGCUGCAGCCAUUCCUGAGGCUUGGUUAACAGCUUUUCAGCUGCUGCAUUUUGUAGGUAAAAUACAGAAAGGGGAAACAGUGUUAAUCCACGCUGGAGCUAGCGGGGUUGGUAUGGCAGCCAUUCAGCUGGUCAGACUGGCAAAUGCUAUUCCCAUCGUGACAGCAGGAACUCAGGAGAAACUCAAAGCAACAACAAACGCUGGAGCAGCUGCAGGGUUCAACUACAAGAAUGAAGAUUUUUGCGAAAAGGUCUUGGCCUUCACCCAAGGUUCUGGAGUAGAUAUUAUUUUAGAUUGUGUUGGUGGCUCUUACUGGGAGAAGAAUCUCAGCUGCUUGAGAACUGAUGGCCGGUGGGUUAUUUAUGGACUACUGAGUGGAGGUGAAGUUCAUGGAGAUUUGCUUGCAAGGCUGCUUUCCAAAAGAGGGAGCAUCCACACAAGUCUAUUAAGAUCACGAGACAAGGAGUAUAAGGAGCAGCUGGUGAAAGCCUUCAUAGAAAAUGUGCUGCCCUAUUUCUCUGAAGGAGCCUCUCCGCAUCUCCAGCCGCUUGUCGACAGCAUUUACCCUCUGCAUGAGAUUGUGGAGGCACACAGGAAAAUGGAAGAAAGCAAGAACAUUGGCAAAAUUGUCAUCGAAAUGCCACUGAAAUCACCCUAAAGAAAGGCCCUCUGCUGUAGUUGCUCUAUGGGUAUGAGCACUAUGGAUGAUGCCUUAAAAGCCGAGAUUCUGCUAUUUCUGCUUCCAAAUUGGAAAUGAUUUAUUGUGGAAGAUGUCAAAAAAUGAGGGCCAAAGCAAAGCCUUACAGGAUAUGUGAAUAAAAAAAGCAAUUCACACUGCA